AUGAGUCCAGGAAAAAAGAAAUGUCAAGUAACUCGAAAGCAUUAUUUGAAAAUGCUCAAUAAACAAAAUUUGGAACGACAACUCAAACUGCUCUAUGAUGCGAACAGGAAGUUUCAUGAUACAAAUGAUAGCUUGCGCAAGGCGUUGGAUCAGAAAGCCAUACUUACUUCAUCGCCUAUGCGGGUUUUGUAUGAUACUUCAAAUGCGAAGCCGAGAGAAACUCAUAGUGCAUAUAAUACAGAUGAAAAUACUGUUUUCAUUAUUCUGAUUAAAUGA